AUGUCAGGGCCGGCCCUGGCUGCUGCCGCCGUCCUUCAAGCUCUAGUUCAAAACCUCAUCGACCUUUCCAAGAAAGAGAUCUCUAUCCGACAUCUCCACAAAGAUGCAGCAAAGCUAGCAGGGAAUCUCGACAUGAUCAAAAAUUUCUUGUACGAUGCCGAGAUGCGUAGCAUCACCAGCAAAGCUGUCAAGAGCUGGUUGAAGAAGCUUGAAGAUGUGGCGUUCGAUGCUGACAAUGUUUUGGAUGAAAUCAACUAUCAUAUUCUCUCCAAACAAAUCAAGCCCAAGAAGACAAAGGUACCAUCGUGCUUCUCAUGCUUCAACCAUAUUUCACGUUCUCGAAAUAUGGCUCUUAAAAUCAAAGAAAUCAAUGAGAAUUUGGAGUCCAUUAACAAAGAGGCCGCCGAGCUUGGCCUCGUAGAGAAACUUGCCAAUGAGCCCACUUUGGUUAAUGCUACUUUGGAAACUAAUUCAUUCACUCUUGAUCCAAUUUUUAUUGGAAGAGAUGAUGUUGCGUCGGAAAUAGUUGAGAUGCUUACCAGUAGCAUCACGACUGAUGAACGCGCAGUUUUCAUCCUUCCCAUUGUCGGGAUGGGGGGAUUGGGGAAGACGACAUUGACUAGGAGAGUCUUCAAUCGUCUCAAGGAUGAGAAUCGGCUUGGAUCACAUAUUUGGGUGCAUGUUUCUCCAAAUUUUGAUCCAAUCAUUCUUUUUAAGAAAAUUUUCAAAGGGUUGACUUCGGUUGAAGUUGAAGUUGAGAGUACGGAAGAUAUUCUUUCAAAGCUUCAAAAUGCUUUGAAAGACAAAACUUAUCUUCUUGUACUCGAUGAUGCAUGGAAUGAAGAUCUUGCUUCAAUUUUGAAUCCACUACAUACACAUGAGUUGAAAGGCUUAUCACAAGAAGAUUGUUGGUCGAUAAUCAAAGUUAAAACCUUUGGAGAAGAAAACGUUCCUUCAGAAUUUGAGGACAUUGGGAAAAAGAUUGCAAGUAGAUGUCAAGGUUUGCCGUUAGCUGCCAACGUAGUUGGGGGUGUUCUGCACAAUAAAUCUGAGGAGAAAUGGCGUUCAAUCGAGGAGAAAUGGCUUUCAGCCGAUGAAGGAGGAGAUUAUAUCACAAAAAUAUUGAGAUUGAGCUAUGAUAAUUUGUCUCCGCCACUACUUAAGAAAUGCUUUGCGCACUGUUCGAUGUUUCCUAAAGGAUUUGAAAUCAAUAAACAUAAAUUGAUUGAGUUUUGGAUGGCAGAAGGUUUUCUCCAAGCUGAUGGAAGGGAUGACAUGGAGUCGGUGGGCGAAAAAUUUAUCAACGUUCUUCUGCACAACUCUUUACUGCAAGUUUCAAAGAGAGAUGGUGAUGGGAAUGUAGAAAGUUGUGGCAUGCAUGAUCUUUUGCAUGAUCUGGCUUGUUCUGUUUCAAAUUCCUCUAACAAUACGGGUGGUAGCAGCCGAGUUCGAUACAUGAUUCUCGAAAAAGAAGAAUCAAGUCGUAUCUCAAAAGAAAUGGUAAAAUAUUUGCGUACAUUAUUAAUAUCAUAUGGAUGUGAUAGUUCUGGUAUCAACUUCUCAGACUUCGAAAGUCUGCAUGUUUUACGUCUUGAGUAUGGAGUUAAAGAGUUGUCAAGUUCGAUUCAAAAGUUGAUACAUUUGAGAUAUUUUGACAUUUCGAAGACAAGAAUUGAAUAUUUGCCGGAUUGGAUUGGUGAAUUCUUUCACUUGCAGACGUUGAGAGUAGUCUCAGAAUAUUUGAAGAAACUGCCAAGUACGAUUAAGUACUUGAUUAACUUGAGGCAUCUUUAUAUUACUGAGAAGGUAGAGUUGCCUGCGGGAAUCGGGAGAUUAACGUCUCUUCAAACGCUGAAGUACUUCCCAGUGGGGGACGAUAAUGGGUGCAAAAUUGAAGAGCUCGGAAGUUUGAAUAAUCUUAAAGGAGGGCUACGGAUUCGCAAUCUCGAAAGGGUUCAUGACAAGGAAGAGGCUCGGAAAGCCAAUUUAUUCCAAAAGUCAAAAAUAUUGAAGUUGCGUUUGGUAUGGGGUGAUGAGAGAGAAGGUGAAAGAAAUGACGAGAAUGUAUUGGAAGGCCUGCAGCCUCACUCAGAUUUGAAGAAGUUAAAGAUUUCUGGAUACAAAGGCAGUAGGUUUCCAUUAUGGACUCAGAAGAUGGCAGUUGGAGAUGUGGUACUUAACAAGUUAAUGUCGUUAUCACUCUAUAACUGCAAAGAAUGUGAAGGGAUCCCAAUGUUGGGGCACUUGCCCAAUCUCAAGUCCAUUGUGUUGAAUGGAUUGAGCAAUUUGAAGUGUAUAAAUUCUUCAUUCUACGGAAUGGUGAACAAGGACACACGCAUUGUUUUUCCAUCUCUCGAAAAGCUCAGAUUGGAACACAUGCCUAACCUGGCAGAGUGGGCAGAAAUAGAAGUUUCGGGUGGAAGUGAAGUGAAGCUAUUUCCUCGCCUCCAACAUUUGGAAAUUGACGAUUGCGAGCAGUUGAUGAGUGUUCCAAGUCAUGUCUCGUCAUGCCUUCAACAUUUGACAAUUCGUUGGACCGGUCUGGAAUGUCUCCCAGCUGAUUGGUUAUUCAGUAACAACCAGACUCUCUCUUAUUUGUCUAUAAGUUACUGCCCCAAUUUGAGAGAAUUAGGGGAUAGAGAUAGCGGCGGAGAACAAUCCCAACGAAGCUUCGCAUCCCUUCGCCGUCUCCUGAUUUGUGAAUGCGAAGCAUUGGAGUAUUUGCCAUGUGAAAUGCUAGGAUUCUCUCUUGAGGGUCUCUACUUGGAGAGUUUAAGUAGCCUAAAGAAUCUAGGAAGGGUAAUUGAGUGUCUCCCAAGAUUGCCUCGUCUAACACAAUUGAAAAUCGAAAGGGUUCCUAAAUUUAUGGCCACUUGUGGUCUUGAGAUUUCGCCUUUUCCCAGCUUGAGACAGGUGUGUAUCAAUGCUGGUAUGGGGGUGGAGACUGUGGAUGGCAUAUUGCAAGGAUGUUGCCACUCACUUGAUAAGUUAACUCUGGUGGGGAUGAAAAGUUGGAAAUGCCUACCGGAAUCGAUUCAACUUCUCACUGCUCUUUCUCAGUUAUGGUUGGAGGAUUUUGAUAUAGAAGAGUUACCUGAAUGGUUUGGGAACCUCUCAUCUCUAAAUAUGUUGUAUUUAUGUAACUUCAAAAGGCUAAGGCGUCUACCCUCUAUGGAUGCAAUGCAUCGCCUCACAACAUUAAAACAACUAGAAAUUUGGGAUUGCCCGGAAUUAGUGAUUAAAAGGGAGGCAGCUGAUUCUGAAUGGCCCAAGGUUUCCCAUAUCCCCCGCAUCAGAAUUGACGGUGACGAAUUACAGUGAAUGGUCAUUUGUUAUUGAGGUGACUCUAAUGAAUUAGGAGGUGAAGUAAUGGAUCAAUGAAGAAGGAUUGAGUGAGUGUCCAUUUUCUCCAUGAUGAUGACUUGCUCAAUCUCUUUUCAUAAUUUUGUUUUGCUAAGAAUCGUCACAUUGUAAUUUCCCAUAUAUUCUUUGUUUGAACUUUUGUUGAUAGGAUUAUUAUGCCGAAAGUUGAAGAGGAUGCAUGUGAAUAUCAAUUUGCAGACAGACAAAGCAUCUCCACUUCUACUCAUGUUUUUAUAUUUAUGUUAUACUAUGUGACUUUUUGUUAUGUCUCCCUCUACCUUUUGAUUGUGACUGUAAAUGAUUUCCCCAUUCUGUUUUAGCAUGAAGUGUUGACGAUUUGAAACAACUUUUCAUUUUGCAUGGACUAUCAUUGUGAACAAUUAUUACAGGUCUUGAAAAUAAGUUUAGAUAGCAAACAUGUUUGCCUUUUA